UUCAAAUAAUGUUGAAGAACGGUGCGCACCGUUUUAGGGAAACGUGUGCGUCAUGCAACGUAGCAAAUCGUUUAACGAACUGAACGCAUCCCAGAAGUGGGCUACGGAACUGUGCCAGACAGGGACCGCAGCAAGUAAACAAGCCUAUUCGACACAGUGAUAGCGGAAACGAAUUAAGGAUACAGUUGUUUUAUUGAUCGGAGGCUCACGUUAGCUGCCGUACACGACACGGCAGUAAACCCUUGAGAAAACUGGAAUAUUAUUACAGUAUUUGUUUUCGCACGGGAAUAGACUCCUGAUAUGCGCAUUAUGCACUGCAUCACUUUCGAUAAUAUGGACGAUUUUACCCUCAACAUGGAGUACCUCAUAUGGGAUUUAGGUUGGCAUCUAUAGCUACAGUAGGACGUUAUUCCGUUGCAUUGGACUGAAAGCAGCUGUCCUUGAGCUCCAGGAUCAUGGGCCCCAUUAUGCAGGAACGCACUGCCUCCACGGCAUUGAAACGCGUUGUUUCCAAAGAGAAGAUACGUACGAAGAAUUCUGAAAAUAACGAACCGAUUACGAGUUCAAAGAAAGCUAACAAGGUGAAGAAGGCAGGAGCUCAGCUCAAGAAUGCCCUUCCAGGUCAGGAUAAGGACACUGUGUCGACAAUCCAGAGGGGCAUUCAUUCAAAGGGAAGCAGAGUCAAAUCUGGCACUACUCGAAACACUAGCAAACUGGCAAGCCCUCAAGAAGGAGGCUUGAAGUCUAAACCACACACACACUCCUCCACACAGAGGCAAGAGAAGCGAGAGGUUCAGCGAACGUCCCCAUGUUGCGGUGAGUUAGAUCAGAACCAUGGGGUACUGGGCCGAAGUCGGAAAGCUCUCUCUCUGCCCCUCUCCCCUAUACCUGGGCUGCGCCAGGGGCCAAUGCGGCUUCACACACACACUCAAGUCCCCACCCUGGAGUCCCUCAGGCAGUUUGAGCAGAAGGAAGUCGACUCGGACAGCGCCAGUGACCUGUCAGACUCAGAGAGACUGCCUGUACUCCCCUCCCCCUGUACCCCCUGCACCCCACCCCAUCUCAACCUCCGCGCUGAAGUGAUCAACUCCAGCGACUUCCCCCCAGCCUUCCCAGGACCACACGGGGCCACGAGCGACAACGACAGCGUCAGCUACAACUACCCUGACUUCCUGCCUCCUCCCUUCAACACCUGGAGCCUACGCCAGCUGGCUGUGUUCCUCCACACGGAGGGCCGAGGCGCACCUCGCCCCAAACCUGUGGGGCCCCUGGAGAAGUAUCUGGAGAGGCUGCUGCAGUUGGAGUGGCUCCAGAUCCAGACUGUGCAGGCGGAGGCCUGCCGACCUGCGGGGGGCCGUCCUAGGGCCCUGGGCUUCCCCUCUGCCACCACCACGAACGCACCUCGGCCCCACACGGCGCCACCCAGCCGCCUCAGCUCCCCCAAAGGCCUGCGGCAGUGUCAGCGCACCUUCCCGCUUGCCCCUCACAACCCCCCCUCGCUGGCAGCACAGCAGCUCUCCUGUCUCCCAGUCUGCCCCCAUUGUCACAUCCGCUACCCUCUGUGCAACGGGAGCUGCUCCUCCUAUGCCUACCAGCGCCACUCGCGCCUCAGUCCCCUGCUGGAGCGCCGAGCCAGGCCCGGGGUUCCCCCGAAGAGGAGCAGCAGUGAGAGCCGGGUCACUUCCUCUGAGAGUAGGGCUACAGGCUGCAGUGGAGGAGGACAGACUCCAGGUAGCCCCUCGGCAGGAAGAAGCCAUGUCAGACACAUGCAGGCGGUUGGCAACAUCCGUAAACCCGCCCAGGAGCCAGGCACUAACGGUAAAGGUCAGGCCAGUGUGAAGAAAGGCCGCGCCAGAGCCAAUUCGGAAGCCGAGGUGAGGAAGGAGUCCAGUAUGGCUAAGGCGGGUGUGGAGAAACACACACACUCUGGAAGUAAACGAGAGGCUAACACGAUCAAGAGGGUCGAGAAAGACUGUCAGAGGACAGAAACAGGAAGUCAGGCAUCUAAAAGUGGGGUUAAAAGAACAGUAAAAGAGCCACUCUCUCUCUUCAAGGCACCGUUGUCUGCCAAAGCGAAUGGAAAAGCAAAGAAUGUUCACUUUAUUGCAAAGUAACCACAUUACCUGGCUCAGUACAGGAUCUUAAAGUUAUGCUUGAUAAAGUUCUAUAUAAUAUACAGUGCCUUCAGAAAGUAUUCAUAUCCUUUUACUUUUUGUCGUGUUACAGCCUGAAUUCAAAAUGGAUUAAAUAUAUUUUUUCUCUCACCCAUCUACAUAAAAUGCCCCAUAAUGACAAAGUGGAAACGUGUUUUUCGAAAUGUUUGCAAAUGUAUUGAAAGUUAAAUACAGAAACAUCUCAUUUAUGUAAGUAUUCACACUCUUGAGUCAAUGGGGCUCCCAAGUGGCGCAGCGGUCUAAGGCACUGCAUCUCAGUGCAAGGGGCGUCACUGGAGUCCCCCAUCAUUGUAAAUAAGAAUUUGUUCUUAACUGACUUGCCUAGUUAAAUAAAUAAAAAUACAUGUUAGAAUCACCUUUGGCAGCAAUUUACAGCUUUGAGUCUUUCUGGGUAAGUCUCUAAGAGCUUUGCACAUCUGGACUGUACAAUAUUUGCGCAUUAUUAUUAUAAUUCUUUAAAAAAAAAUGUUUUAUCUCUGUGAAGUUCAUUGUUGAUCAGUGCUAGACAGCCAUUUUCAAGUCUUGCCCUAGAUUUUCAAGCCGAUAAUAAGUAAAAACUGUAACUAGGCCACUUGGGAACAUUCAAUGUCGUCUUGGUAAGCAACUUUUAGGUUAUUGUCAUGCUGAAAGGUGAAUUUGUCUCCCGGUGUCUGUUGGAAAGCAGACUGAACCAGGUUUUCCUUUUGCCUGUGCUUAUCUAUAUUCUGUUUCUUUUUAUCCUAAAAAGAACUCCAUUGUCCUUGUUGAUGACAAGCAUACCCAUAACAUGACGAAACCACCACCAUCAUGCUUGAAAAUAUAGAGUGGUAUUCAGUGAUGUGUUGGAUUUGCCCCAAACAUAACGCUUUGUAUUAAGGAUAUAAAGUUAAUUUCUUUGCCACAUUUUUUUUUGCAAUAGUACUUUAGUGCCUUGUUGCAAACAGAAUGCAUGUUUUGCAAUAUUUGUAUUCUGUUCAGGUUUCCGUCUUUUCACUCUGUUAAUUAAGGUUAAUAUUGUGAAGUAACUACAAUGUCGUUGAUCCAUCCUCAGUUUUCUCCUGUCACAGCCAUUAAACUCUAACUGUUUUAAAGUCACCAUUGGCCUCAUGGUAAAAUCCCUGAGCGGCUUCCUUUCUCUCUGGCAACUGAGUUAGGAAGGACCCCUGUAUCUUUGAAGUGACUACAUUGUGACUACACUGUAUUGAUACACCAUCCAAAUUGUAAUUAAUAACUUCACCAUGCUCAAAAGGAUAUUCAAUGUCUGUUUUUUAUUUGAUUUGUAUCUACCAAUAGGUGCCCUUAGCAAGGCAUUGGAAAACAUCCCUGUGGUUGAAUCUUUGUUUGAGAUUCCUGAACUUAUUUAGGCUUGCCAUAACACAAGGGUUGAAUACUUAUUAACUCAAGCUUUUCAACCGUAAUUAAUUUGUAAAAAUGUUCUAAAAACACAAUUCCACAGUGAAACAGGCUCUGCCAGUGAUACAAAUUUUUAAUUUAAUCUAUUUGAAAUUCAGGCUCUAUCACAACAAAAUGUGAAAAUGUCAAGGGGUGUGAAUACUUUCUGAAGGCUCUGUAACUGUUUUACUGCUGUUUAAAUCACUACGCUAGCUGUUUGCAACUUUCAAAAGGUCAAAUAAAAAAUAUAUAAUCAUCUAUUUCAUGUAGACUUGAUUUUAAGUGAUACUUUAAUAGGUCAAAGAAUAAAAACAUUGGCAACAUGUUGUACUGUAACAAUCUUGGUUUGGCCAAUACACGCAAGCCUUUACAUGGAGCUUGGACCAUGAUAUCUGAUAUUAUGAUCUAAUGUGUGGAGUAAAUCUUUUUUCUCCAGACAUGUUUAUUUCAGACUGUAAUCAAGUCAGGCUUUUAGGCAAACUGAAGACUUUGGGCUCAAGGCACUUUGCACUGUACAGCCAGUUUUGUCAGUACAGGUUAUUGAUGUUGAAAAGUAGACAACAUAUAGGCCUAUUAUUAGUCAACCAUUAAUUAUUUAGUCAGCAAAUAGGCUGAUCCACAGAGUCUGAGGUUCACUCAAAAUAGCCAUCAUCACCGGUCUAGUGGAGCUGUUUCUGGUGUUGGAAUGUAUUUGUUCCUUUAUUCUCUCACUGUAUGUUUUUUUCUUUGUUGCUUGACCAUCGUGUAUCUUUCUUUGGUGCCUCAUUUGUUUCUGUGUCUAAGAGUUUAUGGUUGAAUAAGGGGAGAGACACACUUUGAGAUGUUGUUGGAAUGAUGGUUUAUUGGUUCAAUAUGAAUGAUAUACUCUAUUCAAGGUAUACUUGUGUAAGGGCUUUCUCUUGUUUGAAUAUACAAGUAUAAUUUGCAUAGGGAUAAGCUCUUUUUUUUGUUCCAGAGAGACAGUCUAAUGUUUGCUACGAAUGUAAAUGCAUAUUUUUCCAAAUUUUGUACACCAUAGUUCUAUUUAUGAUAGAUAUUGUGUUAAUCACAUUUUGAUUCGCAUUUGUCAUUGACAUUUAUGUUUACAGUUUUAGGUAGGAAAAAUGUUAAGCAAAAAAGCUGAAUGUAUAUUGUUUUGCAUAAUUUAACAGUUAUUCCAUUUGUUUACAUUAGAACGUCUAUCAAUGUAUUGUACUUUAUGUGGAAUUUAUUAAUUGAAACGCUACAUACAUGUAAUAGUCGUACUGUGUUAAAUCGCACUUUAUUUAUUCAAUAUUAAUGUAAAGUAUCUAAGCCAUAGAUCAGGGAGUAGAGUUGUCAUAAACAUUCACACGCACACAGAAAGUGGUGCAUAUUUUCUCAAUGUUGAAUGCAGUUGUUUGUAAGGCAUAGAAAUAAAUAUGCUUUGCACUGAA